UUGAACGGCAGAGAUUAGAGGGUAAACAGUGUGUUUGACAUCUGAUUUUCUACGAUAUCGUAAUUGUGGAUUUUUUUAAUCGUCAUUCCUGACUAUGAAGAGAGUCAUUCUUUUUAUCAAUGGAACGGACGUAAACGGCAAGCGGAGCGCAGUUUGGUUUACUUGAAUUCAAAAAUUUCAUUGUUGUCAAUGACGAGUGAAAUCCGCACAAAAAUGUUUACUUGUAGGUGUUUAUGGUGACACAUUCCAUCGAUGAGCUUCUUACUGCAGCAAGUUUGAAAUUUGAAAUUGUUGCCAAAAGACUUUUUACACCUCAAGGUGGGGAGAUUGAGGAUCUGAAGUUAAUAAGAGAUGACGACGUUUUGUACGUUUCAAUUGGCGAGGACUUCAUUUCAAAAAAAUUGAGUGAGGAACAAGGACUAUUAAAUACCAAGAAGUCUGAGUGGCUCACUUUGAACGUCGGAGGAAAAUAUUUCGUAACCACCAGGAGUACCUUGACAAACAAAGAGCCCAUGAGCAUGUUGGCCAGAAUGUUCACUCAAGGAGAAGAUACAGAGUGGCGGAUACAGCCCAGUGAGAGGGACGAAAAUGGUGCAUUUCUGAUCGAUAGAAGUCCAACAUAUUUUGAACCUUUGCUUAAUUAUCUCAGACACGGUCAAUUAAUACUUGACUCGAACAUAAAUGCUGCUGGAGUACUUGAAGAAGCUCGUUUUUACGGCAUCGAAGGUGCUGUCGAUAUUUUGGAGCCAAUGGUGGCUGGAUUUGGGGCUGUAGAAAACGAAACCGCACCUUUGACACGCCGUGACGUGCUCAAAGCGAUUUUGUCCACCCCAACGACCCAGGAAUUACGUUUUCAGGGUGUCAAUUUGGCUGGGGCCGAUUUGUCAAGGCUUGACCUUCGCAACAUCAACUUCAAGUACGCAAAUCUCCAUGGUUGUCUUCUCUUCGGCACGAAUUUAUCGGGAUGUAAUCUGGAACGAGCUGAUCUUUCCGGAAGUAAUAUGGAGGGUGCACAACUUUUGUCUGUUAAGAUGUUGUGUGCAAAUCUUGAGGCAGCAAAUCUUCAGGGAUGUAAUUUUGAGGACCCGUGUGGGCUUCGAGCAAAUAUGGAAGGGGUAAAUUUGAAGGGCGCUAACCUAGAAGGGAGCAACAUGGCUGGGGUAAAUCUUAGAGUCGCUACCCUGAAAAAUGCAAAGCUAAAAAAUUGUGAUCUACGAACUGCUGUACUUGCUGGCGCCGAUCUGGAAUGUUGUGACCUCUCUGGAUCAGAUCUUCACGAAGCAAAUCUUCGAGGUGCCAACUUGAAGGAUGCAGCUUUUGAGCUGAUGCUCACACCCCUUCAUAUGUCGCAAACUGUGAGAUAGUGAGGAUAAAUGUAUAUUAUUGAAUUGAAUUGAAGGGAGGCGAAUCUACGAUACUGUAACAUUAGAUAGGAUAUUACCUUAUUUUAUUUAUUCGAAUAGAAUAUCUAGAUAAUCUUCAAAUAAAAAAAUAAGAGGAAUGGAUGGAA